AUGGCCGACGUAGAGAUGACCGACGCAGCACCAAAGCCAAAGAAGGUGGGCACGAGUGGAGGCGAUACCGACGGCAAGAAGAGAUUCGAGGUCAAGAAGUGGAACGCAGUCGCGCUCUGGGCAUGGGACAUUGUCGUCGACAACUGCGCCAUCUGCCGCAACCACAUCAUGGACCUCUGCAUCGACUGCCAGGCCAACCAAGCUUCGGCCACCAGUGAGGAGUGCACAGUUGCUUGGGGAAUCUGCAAUCACGCUUUCCACUUCCACUGCAUCUCGCGUUGGCUCAAGACUCGUCAGGUGUGCCCGCUCGACAACCGUGACUGGGAGUUCCAGAAGUAUGGCCGCUAG